AUGGCGGAGAUCUCCAGGGUGUCCGCCACCUUCCCCGACCCGGCCCCGAGGCACAGCGAGACCUCUAGGGCCACGUCCGUGGCGCCGCUCGCGGAGUUCCAGCAGGCGCUCUCCGCCGCCCUCGCGGAGGCCUUCGCGGGCCUCCGCCGCGCGCAGGACAUCCUCGACGGCGACCUCUCCGACCAGCUGGAUGCAGCGCUCUGGGUUCGGCGGGGCACCGCCGCGUCGAUCCUGAAGCCCCAGCCGCCGACGCUGCCUGGGGCGGUGCCCCCGGGCUGCCCCUCUGUGCUGAACCAGGACUCCCCCGACCCGUUGCCGAAGGACGCGGCGGCCGCGGCCCUGCGGGCGGCGGCCCGGGAAGCGCACCGCGCGACCGCGGUGGAGAUCCUGGAGCAGCCGCCGCCCGCGAGGCCCGCGCCCCGGCUGCAGCUGAAGGACGUGCCCGAAGCCCUCCACGGCGGGAGGGGCCGCUCCGUGCGGGUCGCGAGCCCGCUGAAGCUGAGCCCCGCGGACUCGCGCAGCUCGAGCUGGAGUGCCCGCCCGCCAGCGGGCCCCGCCGAAGUGGAACCAGCAACUCGCGAUCAUCCGCCGUGGGAGCACCGUCGCAACCGGCGCACCACGCGGACCAUGAGCCAUUCGCGCGUCUUCAAUUUCGACAGCGAGAAAGAUGUCAUCGCGCACUGGACUCGCAUCGUCACUGCCCUGGAAGAGCUGCACGUAUCUGGGAUGUCCAUGUUACACAGCUCGUGGAAAGACGCCAAGGAGUUCACAAUUUUCGUCGCCAACCCAGCACUUGAAGCGAUAAGGGGUGACGCAGACGCGUCGGCAGUCGGUACCGAUUUCCAUUUGAAUGGGAAAGACUUCAAGCAGGAUAGGCCGACCAUGAUUUGGCAGGCCCUCUGCUAUAUCUUCCUUCUCGUCCUGCACCCUUUCACAAAGUACCGAAUGUUGUGGGAUUUCGUGGGCAUGACGAUUUGCUUCCACGACGUGACGAUGCUCCCGGCGCAGGUGUUCGUGUUGCCCGAGAGUUACCUCGAAGUUCGGUCCUAUUACGAGGGUAUAUGUGCCGCCUUCUGGACCAUCGACAUCCUGCUGAACUUCAGCACGGGAUUCAUCUCUUCGGAGGGCCUGCUCGAGAUGCGCAAGGAGGCGGUCGCGCAGAACUACAUCCGCUCGUGGUUUUUCCCGGACCUCGUCAUCACUGUUUUCGAUUGGAUCUCCCUCAUCAUCCCAGCACUAGCAGCUCUGGCUUCCUCCGCUUCGGCAAGGCGGCCUCCCGGAGCCUCCGGGCGCUGCGGCUUCUGCGGAUGCCCAAGCUCAACGCCUCGUUCAACCAGAUCCUGGGAGCAAUGA